AUGCAUGGACAUCAUUUAGAAGCGUAUUUAGAUAUUUCUCCCCCUCCAAGUCCUGCCAUGGGCAAAGUUGUAUCAGAAGGAGAUAUGCCACCUGAUGUUCAUCAAUCCCAGUUCUCUGUAUUCGAUCACCAAAUUACAAACAAUGUCUCCCAGGAUGCUUACACUUUUCAUUCUGAAGACACCAAAUAUAGUGAUGUUAUGGCAACUGAUGUCAAACGCAAAAAAGGUAUUGGUGUAGCAGGCAAGAGUAUAGAAGAAGAAUUAUGUCGUAUUUGUGGAGAUAGAGCAUCAGGGUAUCAUUAUAAUGCUCUUAGUUGUGAAGGCUGUAAAGGAUUUUUCCGUCGCAGUAUUACUCGUGGUGCCACCUAUAGUUGUCGAUAUGGUGGAAAUUGUGAAAUGGAUAUGUGGAUGAGAAGGAAAUGUCAGGCAUGUAGAUUACGGCGCUGUAAGGAAUGUGGUAUGAAAGAAGAGUGUCUGUUAUCAGAUGAACAAUGUAAAGCUCGAGAUGCUAGGCGGAAAGCAAAAGCCAAAGUCAAUCCUGUCAAAACAGAACCUAUACCAGACAGUAAUGGUUUGUCUCCAGAAAGCAAACAGCGUAGUGUAGGAGACCGUAAUGGUGGUACACAAUCUGUAUACACCAAUCCUCUAACAGUUAUCAAUAGUAACCCUAUGAAUAAGGUUGCCCACCAUCACAGACAGUUAAUAGAGGAAGUGUGUCGUCUUCAAGAUAAAUACGAGUUUCCUGAUGAAGCUGAUGUUGAUAAAGCAACGUGUGUAAAGCCUGAUAUGAAAGAAGUAACAGCUGAUGCUAUGUUUCGGGAUAUGGCUGAAAUGACAGUAUUAAUCACUAAUUUAAUUGUUGAAUUUGCUAAAAGUUUACCCGGUUUUACUAGCUUAUCGAAAGCAGAUCAGAUUGUUCUGUUAAAGGCUGCCUCUAGUGAAGUAAUGGCUAUAAGAGCAGCAAGAUGUUAUGAUUUAGAAACUCGGUGUAUAGUCUUUGCUAAUGGUGUACCCUGCACCCUGGAGAACAUGAAAGCCACUGGAAUGGGAGAAUAUGCGGAAUUAACCUAUCAGUUCUGCCAUAAUAUGGCUGUUAUGGAAACUGAUAAUGCAGAAUAUGCCUUACUUACUGCUAUAUCAAUAUUUUCUGAACGACCAGGUUUAAGUGAGAAAGAUAGAGUAGAGGAAGUUCAGUAUAGAUAUGUUAGUGCUCUUGAAUCUUAUGAACAUAUAAAGCGUCAUAAAGGAGCCUGUUCGUUUGGGAGAAUUUUAAGCCUUUUACCUGAUUUGCGUUCAAUUAGUGCUGAACAUUCAAAAACAAUCGUGGAGAUUAGUCAACAAUCUUCUCAUAUGCCCGGUGAUUAUUGUGAGGUCAAAGACAUCUAUGUUGAUCCUCCCGAAGGCACAUGA